GCCCGGUUUGGCACAGUGCCCACUCACAGGUAGCAGCUAUACCGAAGUUAUAAAAGCUAGUUCACCUAUAUUCUGUCGCCCGUUUCCCCAGUAAGCAUUAGGCUAAACACUAGUACUCUUACAUGGGGGCCUAAAGCGUGUUCAGUUUUUUAUUUUUAUUGUUAUAGUUUAUCAAGUGACAGUACUGGGACCAUUUGUGAUAAAUAGCCGGGGUAAAUAAGGGCAACCAUGGAGGACGCUCAUAUGAAAUCAGUCGAUGAGGUGCUAAGGUACUUUAGCGCCGAUCCGGAAAAAGGUCUUUCCACUGAUCAAGUUAAGAAAAAUCAAGCCAAAUACGGACCUAACGAACUCCCCACAGAAGAGGGAAAAUCUAUCUGGCAAUUAGUUUUAGAACAAUUCGAUGAUCUUCUAGUCAAGAUUUUAUUAUUAGCUGCUAUUAUUUCAUUUGUCCUCGCAUUAUUUGAGGAACAUGAUGGAGCAUUCACAGCUUUUGUUGAACCUUUUGUAAUUCUACUUAUCCUUAUUGCAAAUGCCGUUGUAGGUGUUUGGCAGGAAAGAAAUGCUGAAUCAGCCAUCGAAGCUCUUAAAGAGUACGAGCCCGAGAUGGGCAAAGUGCUCAGGUCGGACAAGAGCGGCGUCCAGAAAAUCAGGGCGAAAGACAUUGUACCUGGAGACGUUGUCGAGGUAUCGGUCGGUGACAAGAUCCCCGCUGACAUCCGUCUCAUCAAAAUUUUCUCUACCACAUUGCGUAUCGAUCAAUCCAUCCUCACCGGUGAAUCCGUGUCCGUCAUCAAACACACCGACGUCAUACCCGAUCCGAGGGCCGUGAAUCAAGACAAAAAGAACAUCCUCUUCUCCGGUACCAAUGUUGCCGCCGGUAAGGCUCGCGGUGUCGUUAUGGGAACCGGUUUGAACACCGCCAUCGGUAAAAUCAGGACGGAAAUGUCCGAAACGGAGGAAAUCAAGACCCCGCUCCAGCAAAAGUUGGACGAGUUCGGCGAGCAAUUGUCCAAAGUAAUCUCCGUUAUUUGCGUUGCCGUGUGGGCCAUCAACAUCGGUCACUUCAACGACCCCGCUCACGGCGGUUCCUGGAUCAAAGGUGCCGUGUAUUACUUCAAAAUCGCCGUGGCUUUGGCCGUAGCCGCCAUCCCUGAAGGUCUACCCGCCGUAAUCACCACCUGUCUGGCUUUGGGUACGCGCCGUAUGGCCAAGAAGAACGCCAUCGUGCGAUCGUUGCCGUCGGUGGAAACCCUAGGUUGCACGUCCGUCAUCUGCUCCGACAAAACCGGCACCUUGACCACCAACCAGAUGUCCGUCUCGCGGAUGUUCAUCUUCGACAAGGUCGAAGGCAACGACAGCACGUUCCACGAGUUCGAGAUCACCGGCAGCACCUACGAGCCGAUCGGCGAGGUGUUCCUCAAGGGGCAGAAGGUGAAGAGCGCCGAGUUCGACGCGCUGCACGAGCUGGGCACCGUCUGCAUCAUGUGCAACGACUCCUCCAUCGAUUUCAACGAGUUCAAGCAGGCGUUCGAGAAGGUGGGCGAGGCCACCGAGACCGCUCUCAUCGUAUUAGCCGAGAAGAUGAACCCCUUCGGCGUCAGCAAGACCGGCGACCGUCGCCAGACGGCCAUCUGCGUCAGGCAGGAAAUCGAGACCAAGUGGAAGAAGGAGUUCACCUUGGAGUUCUCCAGAGAUCGUAAAUCCAUGUCCAGCUACUGCGUGCCCACCAAACCCUCCCGCUUGGGCACUGGACCCAAAUUGUUCGUCAAAGGCGCACCCGAAGGUGUAUUGGACCGUUGCACGCACGCUCGCGUCGGCACGCAAAAGGUCCCUCUCACUUCCACCCUCAAGAACCGCAUCUUGGAACUGACCAGACAGUACGGAACCGGCCGCGACACGCUGCGUUGCUUGGCGCUGGCCGUGGCCGACAACCCGAUGAAACCCGACGAGAUGGACCUGGGCGACUCGACUAAAUUCUACACGUACGAGGUGAACCUGACUUUCGUGGGCGUGGUCGGCAUGCUCGACCCCCCUCGCAAAGAGGUGUUCGACUCGAUCGUGCGUUGCCGCGCCGCCGGCAUCCGCGUCAUCGUCAUCACCGGCGACAACAAGGCAACGGCCGAGGCCAUCUGCAGACGCAUCGGCGUCUUCACCGAGGAAGAGGACACCACCGGCAAGUCGUACUCCGGAAGGGAGUUCGACGACCUGUCUCCGGCCGAGCAGAAGUCCGCCUGCGCCAGGGCCAGGCUCUUCUCGCGCGUCGAGCCCUCACACAAGUCCAAGAUCGUCGAGUACUUGCAAAGCAUGAACGAAAUCUCUGCCAUGACCGGUGACGGUGUUAACGACGCGCCAGCCUUGAAAAAAGCUGAAAUCGGUAUUGCCAUGGGCUCCGGUACCGCUGUUGCCAAAUCAGCCUCCGAGAUGGUCCUCGCUGACGACAACUUCUCCUCCAUUGUAGCCGCCGUUGAAGAAGGUCGCGCCAUCUACAACAACAUGAAACAAUUCAUCCGUUACUUGAUCUCCUCGAACAUCGGCGAGGUGGUGUCGAUCUUUUUGACCGCCGCUCUCGGCCUCCCCGAGGCCCUCAUUCCCGUGCAACUGUUGUGGGUGAACCUGGUCACCGACGGUCUCCCCGCCACCGCUCUGGGCUUCAACCCGCCCGACCUGGACAUCAUGGACAAGCCGCCCCGCAAAGCCGACGAAGGGCUCAUUUCCGGCUGGCUGUUCUUCAGGUACUUGGCCAUCGGCGGUUACGUCGGCGCCGCCACCGUAGGCGCCGCCGCCUGGUGGUUCAUGUACUCCCCGGAAGGCCCUCAGUUGAACUACUACCAAUUGACUCACCACUUGCAGUGCAUAGGAGGCGGCCCCGAGUUCAAGGGCGUCGACUGCAAAAUCUUCUCCGACCCGCACCCCAUGACCAUGGCUCUCUCCGUACUCGUGACCAUCGAAAUGUUGAACGCAAUGAACAGCUUGUCCGAAAAUCAGUCUUUGAUCGCUAUGCCGCCAUGGUGCAACUUGUGGUUGAUCGGCUCGAUGGCCCUUUCCUUCACUCUUCACUUCGUCAUCAUCUACGUCGAUGUUCUUUCCGCUGUAUUCCAAGUGUGCCCAUUGACCAUCGAAGAAUGGAUGACGGUGAUGAAGUUCUCGAUUCCGGUGGUGUUGCUGGACGAAUCGUUGAAAUUCAUGGCGAGAAAAAUCACUGACGUUGGUGAUGUAGUAAUUGAUAGAUGGUAAAAAUAUAAAGUGUCUCUUCAUGCUUUUUGUUACUUAAGUAUAGUUUAAUUCUAGAAGACUCAAGCUGCUUUUUAUUUUUUACCUAACUGCAAGUAUUUCAAAGUAUUUCAAUUAAUUUUAAAUUCGAAAUUUUCUCUUUCUCUAUUUGUAAUUUGCUUUUGGUUUUUCUGUAAUAAUGAAUUUGUCUUCCCGCGUUACCUGUGAUGUGUUUAGAGACGCAAAAAGUAAAACUAACGAAUUGUACAUACAAACUUUACUAUUGUUAAGUGAAAAUAAUCAAAAUUGUUAAACACAUAAUUUAGGUUCCCUUGAAAGAAGUAGAUGUAGAUACCUAUUUAAUUGAUUUGUAAACUUGUAAGCCGCUUACAGUCGAGAUCAGUGGCGAUGAAGGAAAUUAAGACAUUUUUUAUAGAGGAGGAUUUAGCCUCUUCAGAACUUCUGACUGUUGAUUUUUCACUACUUUCGAAUAUCUCAUUUAAAGGCCGAAAAGCGGUUCCAUCCAAUUUUUUUUCUCUCAUCCCACACGUUAUUAGUAUUGUUAUUAUUUAUUUUUGUUAAUUUAAUUUUUCGGUUUGAGCUGGUCUCGACUGAAAUGGGCUGCGCUGGUAUCGCCAGCCAAAACAAGCCAAUUGUACAUUUACAAUUACAUCAGUUUUGUAAAAUAAAACAGGAUUUUAUUUGUUUAAAUAAAGCGACGGCAGACGCUGUCUUAAGAAUAAUU